AUGAAGGUCAAGCGCUACGACCAUGCGGGUGCCGGCUCCUCCACCUCGCCUUCCAGCUCCGCUGCUGCUGGUGAGGACGAUGGGGACCGCCGCUCCCCCAAGAGACCCAAUCGGCAAUCGGAGGUUGCGGCGAAAGCCGAAGGAUCGGAGCUGGGGGCGGCGGAAGAGGCGAGGGAAGUGAGGGACGGGGGGGAGUCUGUGGGACUGAGGUUGUUGGGACUCCUGCUGCGAUGCGCGGAGGCAGUGGCAAUGGAUCGUCUGGCGGAGGCUCAGAUGCUUCUCCCAGAGAUAUCAGAGCUGUCGUCCCCCUACGGAUCUUCGCCGGAGCGGGUGGCGGCUUACUUCGCGGAGGCAAUCCAUGCGCGGAUUGUGAGCUCUCACAUCGGCGUCUACUCAUCGCUCUCCGCUGCGUCGUCCACCGCGUCUCUUCCCUUCUGCCGGAAGCUAAUGGUAGUUCAAAACCAGAAGAUCGCGCAGGCGUUCCAGGUCUUCAAUGCGAUAUCGCCGUUCGUCAAGUUCGCCCACUUCACGGCGAACCAGGCCAUCUUCCAGGCGCUGGAGGGAGAGGAGAGCGUGCACGUCAUAGACCUCGACAUUAUGCAGGGCCUUCAGUGGCCUGGCCUCUUCCAUAUCCUCGCUUCUCGCCACGGCCACAAGAUCCGGUCCAUCCGCAUCACCGGGGUCGGUUCCUCCCUCGAGCUCCUCGAUGCCACCGGCCGGCGGCUCUCCGACUUCGCCGCCGCCCUAGGGCUUGCCUUCGAGUUCCACCCCUUGGAGGUCAAGAUCGGUCACAUCACCGACCCCUCGGUGUUCCACUGGCAGCCCCCCGACUCCCGGCGCGAGGUGACGGUGGUGAACUGGAUGCACCACUGCCUAUACGACGUGACAGGUUCGGACCUCGGCGCUGUACGGCUGCUCCAGGCGCUCCGACCGAAGCUGGUGGUGAUAGUUGAACAGGACCUGACGCACUCUGGCGGGUUCCUGCAGCGAUUCGUGGAGGCACUGCACUACUACUCGGCGAUGUUCGACGCCCUGGGGGAAGCCGCGGCGGCGGCGGCGGCCUCGGGGGAGGAGGAACGGUUUCAGGUGGAGCGGCAGUUGUUGGGGACUGAGAUCAGGAACAUUGUGGCAGUGGGGGGCCCGAAGCGAACAGGGGAGGUGAAGAUAGAAAGGUGGAGCGACAAGCUGGAGCGCGCAGGAUUUCGUAUGAUGAACCUAGCGGGAGGGCCAGCGGCGGCGCAGGCUGGGCUCCUCCUGGGCAUGCUUCCUUGCAAAGGGUACACCCUAGUGGAGGAAGGUGGCUGCCUCAAGCUGGGUUGGAAGGAUCUAUCGCUGCUCACUGCCUCCGCAUGGCAACCCUACCCGACGGCAGUAACGCGGUGA